AUGCGACCGAACAAGUUCGCAUCUGGGCCCAAGACGCGACGACUGGAAACUCUGCGCAUCUGCCUUGUAACAAAGGGCACGAACGUGCCAACAGCAGUGAACUCAGCAAGGUGUUGGGACAACCUGCCACAGCGUCAUAACCCUUCGGUCAAAUUUCACGUUCUUGUCGACAGUGAGAACGCCGACGAGCUAAAGCAGCAGCUCCCGUCAUAUGUCAUUGUGGACCAAGUGCCCGGUAAUUUCUCCGUGAAGAAGGCGAAAUACAAGGCUCGGGCCCAAGAAUGGUUCCGACUGAAGUACAAAUUCUCCAAGGAAGAUUGGAUCCUGCAUUUGGACGAGGAGUCUGAAAUGGAUGAUCGUGCUCUACAGACGACUUUGGAUUUCAUUGAGAGGGGGACUGCGGAGCUUGGAAUGGGCACUAUCUAUUACACAGCAUCUAAUCACUGGACAAGCAUGCUUAUGUCUGCCGCCGAGGUGGUCCGAGUCGCCGAGGACUUUGGACGAUUCCAACUACCUCUGCUGCUCUUCCGGCGUCCAUAUUUGGGCUGGACUCACGGCUCAUGGCUCCUUAUCAAUGGUGCAGUAGAGAACGCCAUUGGCUGGGAUACUGACAAUGUGUGUGAAGACUACUGGUUCGGAUAUCACGCUGCAAAACUUGGAUAUAAAUCCGAAUGGAUCCACGGCAUUUUCCGCGAACAACCACCCUGUACCCUCCAAGAUUUAUGCAAGCAGCGACGACGUUGGUUCACUGGAAUCUUCCGCUUCGAGCAACCUCUUGCGGGUAUAGCCCUAACUCUUGGAAUCAUCGCCGGAAUUGGAAGUUUGAUAUAUCCCUUGAUUGGUUAUCUUGUCCAGAAGCCAGCAGUUCCUUUCUGGUUUAAGGAGCUCAUGGUUUUCAACGAUGCUGCAGGUCUGCAUGUGCUCAUUUCUGCAUGUGUUCUGCAAGAUCUGAGUCUCGUAGACCUAUCAUGGACAUCGAUUGUGUCUCACGUUGUCCUUGCAGUCAUCCUUCAGCCGAUCGUAAAUUUAGUGCAUAUUGUGCUAUUCUUUACAGUGGUUUUGUCACCGCCAACAGGAUUUGAUGUGAUCAAAAAGACCUAG